CGGCCGCUCUGGCCCGGGGAGGUCGCUGUCCUUAUCUUCAGCAGGAGCCCGCGCCCAGUGUCUGUGUCAGCUCGUCCUCUGCUUUGUCCUGCGGCGACUCACUGCCCUCCUACCGUCCACCAUGGCCCUGCUGCACUCCCGCCGCGUCCUCUCCGGCAUCGCCGCCGCCUUCCACCCGGGCCUCGCCGCCGCGGCCUCUGCCAGAGCCAGCUCCUGGUGGACCCAUGUGGAAAUGGGACCUCCAGAUCCCAUCCUGGGAGUCACUGAAGCCUUUAAGAGGGACACCAACAGCAAAAAGAUGAAUCUGGGAGUUGGUGCCUACCGGGAUGAUAAUGGAAAGCCUUACGUGCUGCCUAGCGUCCGCAAGGCAGAGGCCCAAAUUGCCGCAAAAAGUUUGGACAAGGAGUACCUGCCCAUUGCGGGACUGGCGGAAUUUUGCAAGGCGUCUGCACAACUAGCCCUGGGUGAGAACAGCGAAGUCUUGAAAAGUGGCCGGUUUGUCACUGUGCAGACCAUUUCUGGAACCGGGGCUUUAAGGAUCGGAGCCAGUUUUCUGCAAAGAUUUUUUAAGUUCAGCCGAGAUGUCUUUCUGCCCAAACCAAGCUGGGGAAACCACACACCCAUCUUCAGGGACGCUGGCAUGCAGCUACAAGGUUAUCGGUAUUACGACCCCAAGACUUGCGGUUUUGACUUCACAGGUGCUAUGGAGGACAUUUCAAAAAUACCAGAACAAAGUGUUCUUCUUCUGCAUGCCUGUGCCCAUAAUCCCACGGGAGUGGACCCGCGUCCGGAGCAGUGGAAGGAAAUAGCAACAGUGGUGAAGAAAAGGAAUCUCUUUGCGUUCUUUGACAUGGCCUACCAAGGCUUUGCCAGUGGUGACGGUGAUAAGGAUGCCUGGGCUGUGCGCCACUUCAUUGAACAGGGCAUUAAUAUUUGUCUCUGUCAAUCAUAUGCCAAGAACAUGGGUUUGUACGGUGAGCGUGUAGGAGCCUUCACUAUGAUCUGCAAAGAUGCGGAUGAAGCCAAAAGGGUAGAGUCACAGUUGAAGAUCUUGAUCCGUCCCAUGUAUUCCAACCCUCCCCUCAAUGGGGCCCGGAUUGCUGCUACCAUUCUGAACACCCCAGAUUUGCGAAAACAAUGGUUGCAAGAAGUGAAAGGCAUGGCCGACCGCAUCAUUAGCAUGCGGACUCAGCUGGUCUCCAACCUCAAGAAGGAGGGUUCCACCCACAACUGGCAACACAUCACCGACCAAAUUGGCAUGUUUUGUUUCACAGGGCUAAAGCCUGAACAGGUGGAGCGGCUGACCAAGGAGUUCUCCAUCUACAUGACAAAGGACGGCCGCAUCUCUGUGGCAGGGGUUACCUCCAGCAACGUGGGCUACCUUGCCCAUGCCAUUCACCAGGUCACUAAGUAAUGUCCCUGGUGUGAGGAAACAAAGACAACCUUUCUGUCUUCAGCCUCUGCUAUUGGGAGCUUCACACAGAGAAUGAGAGAGGGUGGAUGGUGGUGAGUGGAUGAUUUCCUUCAACCACAGUGUAUAACACACAGCGAUUGAAUGUUUCUCAGAAAAGAGCAUGUAGUGACACGGGGCAGAGGCGCUGGCAUCUGGAACAUUGUGGCUCUAAACCAAACUCUCUCCCAUCCUUUUAUCUCCAACUUUUCUCAAAGAGUUUACAUGUGCAAGAAAGUCAUCGCACCAAAAAAAACCUGUCAAUUAUGCCAUUGCAAUAUUUCAGAAGCUUUAACUGAAGUGUCAGGUUCCUCAUGAGAAAUAGUGCACAUUAGAGGCUUUGAGAGAAGACCUAGUUCUGUCAUGAACAGUCGGCCUCAUGUCUGUCCUCCCAUCAGGAAGCAACCUCAUCAACAGACCACAUUGCAGAAAUUAUGUUUUAUGUAAACCAGUGAGUCUGCUGCCACUACAGCAAGGAAAACAAUGCGGUUUCCUGUCUUAUUUAAGAAAAAGAGAAGGCUCUCUUCUCCCUUGUCAUUGCUGUUCUUUAACUUACACAUAAAGAUUUUUAAGUAAUGCAGAUUUUAAUCCCAUUCUACUGCUUGACUGAUCAUCAACCCCAUCUAUUGGGUUUUAUUUAAAAAUAAAGAACAUAAUUUUCUGCUGACGUCAUACCCUCACAUUUCUCAGCAAAGAAUAGUGGAGAGUAGGUAACUGUCCUUGAUAUCGGCAUCCUCUUGAAUUAUUGUGUAAUUUUCUCUAGUUGGGAUGUUGUCUCUGCCCAGUUGGACCUCCUCCCUUUGUUGAAUGUGGUUGUGCAAGUUACUCCUCUCACGUCGUGAGUCCAGCAGCGCAGGGUGGUACCAGGAAAGAGGACAUUCUAGGCUUUGUGUGCUGACAGCUGGGUUCAGGCUUCACCUGCUGGAAAGAACUACCAUCUGCUCUAAUCAUGUAGACUUAUUGCGGCCUGGUUUCUCUGUUACAAUAAAAUUACUGUAGACCCAA